UAAAAGCAUCGUACACGGGAUCUUAUCUUAAGAAGCGUCAGGAGCUUGCAGGAGCCAGACAUCACAACCUACACAAGAUUUUGAGAAACGUCACGGUUUCGCUGGUCGAUCGCAGUUCGCAGCGCGACCAUCAAAAGUUGCACCGCGGUUCCGCGUGCGUGCGGUGCUGCGUGUUUACCUCUGCGAUCGAUCAACCCUGCGGUCAUGGCGGGAACUCGCGUUGAGGAGACCACGAGGGGUUGUUCGCCGGCGUGCGACCACGACGGCGGCAUUGAGACCGUCAUCGACGACCUCCCCGCGGACGUCCUGGCCAUCGUGCUCCGCUGUCUCGACGGCGCGUCCCUGGCGGCAGCUGGGUGCGCGAGCGCGGGAUUCCGGGAGCUCGCCAACGACCCCGACGCGUGGCGGGCGCUCUGCCUCCAGAUGUGGCCGUCGCUACGUCAAGUCGUCAGCUGCGGCGGCGACGGCGGCUACGGGGCGCUCUACGCUGACGCGUUCCCGUUCCCGGCCGCGUCACCCGCGGUGUCGAGCUCCCUCCCGGCGCGCCUCGUCUCGGCCGUUGACCUGCACCACAACGGCGUUUCCAUCAUGUCGCGCGUCGUCGAGACGGACGCCUCGUCGACGUGGUUCCUGGGGUCACCGUUCCGCGUCGACGCGCUCGUCCAAGAGGGCUUCACGUCGCCGUCGCCGGUCACGCCAGGCGAUCUGAGGCUGAGCUGGAUACUGAUCGACCCGGCAACCGGCGCCGCCGUGAACGUCUCCAGCCGGCGUCCCGUAUCCAUCGAACGGAGGUGGGUGACCGGGGACUCCGUGGCGCGGUUCACUGUGGUGCUCGGCGGCGGCGUCGCGUUGGAAGCGGCGGUUAUGUGCGACGAACGGCACGGGCAUAUCAGGGAAAUAAGCCUGUGCGCGGCGGACGCCGAGGGUGGCGGCGUGAGCGGGCAGGACGGGCUAGCCGCGGUGGCCGCGGCCAUGGCCAGCGCGAGGCAGCGCCGUGGAGCGGAGGAAGCAUCGAGGCAACUCUACGAGAAGUUCGCCAAGGGGAAGCGGGAAAGGAAGGAACGGAAGGAGAGGCGGGAGGGCAUCGUUGACCUCUGCUGCUCAGGCGUUGGCGCUGCAGCUUUCCUGGCUUUCUUGGUGAUGCUGACGUUCCAGUGACAGUGCGACGGCCGGAUGUAAAUUAUAUAGUUUUCAUUAGUUUCUUCUUUUUAUUUCGGUAAUGUUAUCUCGCUGACGUUCGUUGGGAAGAGGUGGCAAACGAACAGCCCGAAAUUGACAAGGAUUUGCUCAAACUCACAGCAUCUAUAAAUGGGAAUGGACGAAUCUAAACCUGUAUGUCCGCGUCCGCGGGCGUAAGCCGACAACUGUGAAGAUAACACCUUACUUCCUGCGUGCUACUUUCUCUCUUGUGUAUAGAGAUUAUAAAUGAAAUGGUGUGAAUCCUUGA